AUGGAGGACGAUGAUCUAGCCAAGAUCAGAGCAGCUCGCCUCGCGCAGCUCAAGCAACAGCAGGGCAGAGGUGGAGGAGGAGGGUCAGGCGACAACGGCGAAGACGACGACCAGAGAAGGAAACAAGAAUCAGAAGCACGAUCAUCCAUUCUCAACCAGAUCCUCGAACCCGAAGCCGCGGACCGGUUGGGCAGAAUCCGGAUGGUCAAAGAGUCGCGGGCGACGGACGUCGAGAACAGAUUGAUCAUGCUGGCCCGCUCAGGGCAACUACGCUCCAAAGUCACGGAAGCUCAGCUAAAAGACAUGCUUGCGAGUUUGUCAGAGCACGAGAAACAGACGGGCCACACGGUAGAGAGCGUCAAGGUCGUGCGCAGAGGCGGCUGGGACGACGACGACGAUUUGGACGACCUGCUGAAAGACUCCUGA